AUGGAAUCCCCAGUGUACAUUUUUCGUGAGGAACCAGGCCCCACUUGCUCCCCAGGACUAUGCCCGCUUCCAAGCAGCAGCAGCAGCAGCAGCAGCAGCUGGCUCCUAGACUGGCCCGAAUAUGGCAACAGUAGCAGUGGCAUUUAUGAGGAUUUACAGCAGAACCAUACCAACAUCUCUCCAGCUAUUCCCAUAAUCAUCACUGCUGUCUAUUCCAUGGUCUUUGUGGUUGGCUUGGUUGGCAACUCUCUAGUCAUGUUUGUCAUCAUAAGGUACACAAAGAUGAAGACAGCCACCAAUAUUUAUAUUUUUAACUUGGCUCUGGCUGAUGCUUUAGUUACCACUACAAUGCCUUUCCAAAGCACAGAAUACUUAAUGAACUCAUGGCCAUUUGGGGAUGUGCUGUGUAAGAUAGUCAUUUCCAUUGACUACUAUAACAUGUUCACUAGCAUAUUCACGCUGACCAUGAUGAGUGUCGACCGAUACAUUGCCGUGUGUCAUCCUGUGAAGGCUCUGGACUUCCGUACCCCUCUGAAGGCAAAGGUCAUCAAUAUCUGCAUCUGGCUAUUAUCUUCAUCAGUGGGCAUAUCGGCCAUUGUUCUUGGAGGCACCAAGGUCAGGGAAGGUGAGUCUAGUACUGAGUGUUCACUGCAGUUUCCAGAUGAUGACUAUGUCUGGUGGGACAUCUUUAUGAAAAUCUGUGUCUUCGUUUUUGCAUUUAUUAUCCCAGUGUUGAUUAUAGUCGUUUGCUAUACUCUGAUGAUUCUGCGCUUGAAGAGUGUGAGACUUCUUUCUGGCUCUCGAGAAAAAGACCGCAACCUCCGCCGAAUCACCAGAUUGGUUCUUGUUGUAGUUGCAGUUUUUAUCAUCUGUUGGACUCCAAUCCACAUUUUUGUAUUAGUUGAAGCCCUGGGGGAUGUGUCCCACAAUACUGCAGCCAUCUCCAGCUAUUAUUUCUGCAUUGCUUUGGGCUACACCAAUAGCAGUCUCAAUCCCAUCCUUUAUGCUUUUCUGGAUGAAAACUUCAAGCGUUGUUUUAAAGAUUUCUGCUUUCCUUUUAAGAUGAAGACAGAUAGACAAAGUACCAAUAGAGUCAGAAACACCAUCCGAGACCCUACUUACACAGAAGAGGCUGAUGGGACAAACAAACCAGUAUGA